AUCAGCACGCGGGUAAUUGCAAGUCUAGUCGCAUCGCAUUUCCAGAAAAAUUGAAGAAAGUGCUAACAACCAAAAAAAUUCAAGAUCCCAAAACGACAAGAGAACGAUAUUCUCCAAAACAUCCAACUUAGACAAUUUGCCUGGAGCAACAAGUCGAUCGAAUCAAAAGAAAGCGAACCGAGCACACUCGUCUUAAAGACCAUUUACUAUUUAUUCACUCAUCACCCCGCCACGGAAAUAGAAUUUCGACUAGCCUCACAUUCAAUUCUGCCAAAGCACAAGAACUCUACGAGACUUCUCAGCUUUGACCCGAUUCCACUCAUCUCACUCAUCUCUUGCUCGCCCUUCUUCUUAACAUCUUUUUCUUUCAACACGAUCCUACCUCGAAAAUCAUACAAAUAUGGCAGCCGUCGCAGCACCAGCUGGUGAACAAGUUGACUUGUCAACCAUUCCAAUCUCACCUGAAGGCGCCAGCAAUUCGAACGAGAACACCAAACCAGCUACCGAUGGCGAACAAAUUACUGUCUUUCAUGACAAAGAUAACUUUAAUGUUAAGCAUCCUUUGAUGAACAAAUGGACUUUGUGGUUCACAAAGCCACCUAGUGGAAAGGUAGUUUUACCUACCGUCAAAAUUUGCUACGCAGCAUACUGACUUGGUUAUAUAUAGGGUGAUAACUGGAAUGAUCUUUUGAAGGAAGUUAUCACAUUCAACUCCGUCGAGGAAUUCUGGGGUGUCUAUGUAAGUAUAUUAAUUUGAGCAGAUUGCCAUUCCUUAUUGUCUUUAGCUUGGCUAACUUUUUUUUUGGUGCAGAACAACAUUGCACCAACUUCUGAACUCGCUCUCAAGUCCGAUUACCAUCUUUUCAAGGAAGGAGUUCGACCAGAAUGGGAGGAUCAGCAAAACAAACAUGGAGGAAAGUGGUCAUAUCAAUUCAAGGAGAAGCGCAACGUUCCCAUUGAUGAAUUAUGGCUUCAUGUCAUGUUAGCAGCUAUUGGAGAGACUCUCGAGGAAGAGGAUGAUGGAGAGGUGAUGGGUGUUGUUGUCAACGUCAGAAAAGGAUUCUACCGUGUUGGUGUUUGGACUCGCACAAUCGGCAAGAGUAUUCCGGGAGGUGGAGAUGGUGAUGUCGCUGGAGGCAAAGGAAGAUCCACCGAAAAGGGCAAAGAGAUCUUGAUGAACAUCGGCAAAAAGUUCAAGGAAGUCUUGAAGCUCCCAGCAUCGGAGCCUGUCGAAUUUUCUGGUCACACCGAUAGUGCACACAGCGGCAGCACCCGUGCUAAGGCCAAGUAUUCAGUCUAGACGCUUUCAACAUGUACAUGAGAUGAGACACGAUUGCUCUUUUACCUGUGUUACGAUUCCGUGGUUCUCUCCUUUACGAAGAUACCACGAAACUAGGCUAGGACUAAAUGGAAGGCGGUUCAACAAAGGUUUCUGGUUUUUAGGGCUAUAUUUGCAUACAUUAUUGAAGGCAAUACCUUAGCUUGGCCUCCUAAUAUCAUGGGGGGAGGAGUAUUUAUGCCAUAUUGUUUUUAUUGCUCUGCUACUACACUGCUGCUUUUGGUGGUGGUUAUUUUAUGCAUGGCGUUAUUCCACACUGGGCAAUAUAGGCUCAGAUAUCGGAAGCAUGUUCAUAGAGAUGCGAAAGGCGUGAAUUAAAAGAUCAAAAGUUACAUAUCUAUUGAGAUGACCUAGGGUGGUAUUUUGACACCUGGUCAUAUAUGAUAGGACUGGUAGAUGUAGUCUUGUGGCCGUGUCUAUUGAUAAGUCAUCAUCUGAAGUAUAUAUCAAGGGUGGAAUGAACGUAAAACUUGACAUAUUUAAGCGAACUCAUUCCUGUUCCCUAAGGCCGUUUUU